UAUAUAGUAGCUUGUUGAUAAGAACCAUUAGGUUAUUGCUGCAUCAGUAACGACAGUUGUAUCAAUCUAGGAUAGCGUCAUGGCAUCAGCUUGGGUGACUGCCUUUAUCUGCUUUGUUGCCCUUGGUGUAGACAGAAGUACGUCAAGUCUCGAAACUGGGUUAUAUUUCAAGGCCUACAUUUCACAAAGCAGAAGAUUUGGAUCGGGAAGCACGGUGAUAUUUGAUAAGGUGGAAGGCACAAAUGGUCAUGGAUACAACCCAACAUCUGGAGUGUUUCGCGCUCCUGUUUCAGGAACAUACCUAUUCGCAUUCAAUAUUGAGAUUUUUGAAGACGGAUGGUCAGAUUUUGCCAUAUUCAAUGAAGGCAAGGUUGAAUCAAGGAUGGCAGUACGAAACCGAGGAACAUGCUCAAUGGUGGUGACAACUUCUGUCAGGAGAGGGAGCCAUGUCAGAGUGGGGAAGAUCUGGGAUGAUGGGAAAAAUAGUCCUAUCAGACAUGACAUAUUUACGGUGUUCUCUGGUCACCUUGUCCACGCUAACAAGCAAUAGGCAUUUCAUGACAUUUAUUAAAAUGUGUCAAUCCUG